AUGUCACUCACCCGAGCACCCUCACAACUCCCCUCGGCAUUCCGACUCGUCCGACAAAUCCUCUCAGAGUCCACCGCAGCGCAGGGUCUAACAACCAAAGAAUUAGUCAAAGAAGCUUUGAAGAUCUAUCAAAGCGAAAACCCAAAUCACGAUGCCACUCCGUUGCAGGCCAGCUCUUCAACGGUUGCUGAAAGCAGCACGAAAGGUCAAGGGAAAGGAAAAGGCAAGGGAAGUAACGUCUUGAGUGUGGGUAAGAAAGAAAAAGGGGUUAAUGUCAUUCCGGAGGGUCAUCCAUUCGUAUCCACCUCUUAUCUAAAAUCUCAAAUACUCGCUCGUCUAUCUUCCCAAUCCCUCUUGAUCAAAACCCCAUCUCACCCAUCUUCUUCUUCAUCAGGUUCAAGUGGUAAACCGACAUUCGUAUGGCGUUUAAACAAUCCUAAACAAUCUAAUCUAUCCACCCCCUCGUGGGAUUAUCCAUCUCAUUGGGAUAGUCUUAUAUCAGGAGAGAAGACCCCAGGCGAAACGUAUUAUGAAUAUAAGCAGAAUCAGCUGGAAAGGAGGGAAGAAGAAAAGCAACGAGCGUUGGAUAGCGGGAAAGUCUUGAGGACAGAAAGACAAAUUUGGGAAUGGGAUGGUAGGAAGGAUGGUUUGACGACGAAUAUGGAGAGAUUACAUUUGAAUAAGAGAAGAAGAGAGAAGAGACCACAGAAGGAGAGGAGGAAUCUACUGGCUUACGAGGGUCUGGGUGGGAAUGGGAAAGAAGAAAGCUCGGAGAAGCAGGUUUUGUAG